CCCUCCAGUUUUGAUUAGCCUCUUGUUUAUACCACAUUGUGGUAAGCUAAGGCUGCAUUGGCUCACUUAACCCUUCUACAGGCAUGAAUCUGGUUAACUCCCAUCUCCCUUGGAGAAAGGAAUAACUCCUUCCACAGAGGGUUCACAAGAAACAGAGAAGUAAUCCUGCAAACUACCACCACCACCACCAUCAUGAAGACAUCAAAUACUCUUGUUCUCAUCUUAGUCCUGCUUUACAUCAAUGCCAGCACUGAAUGGCCUACGCACACAGUCUGCAAAGAGGACAACUUGGAAAUAUAUUACAAAAGCUGUGAUCACCAGCAAGAUUUUGCUUUCAGCAUUGACCGUUGUUCUGAUAUCACAACCCACACCUUUAACAUCAGAGCUGCAAUGGUCCUAAGACACAGCAUCAAGGAACUGUACGUCAAGGUUGACCUGAUCAUAAACGGGAAGACUGUCUUAACCUACUCAGAGACACUUUGCGAGCCAGGUCAUUCUAAGCUCAUUUUCUGUGGAAAGAAGAAAGGAGAACACCUCUACUAUGAGGGACCAGUCACACUGGGAUUCAAAGAAAUCCCACAGGGAGAUUACACUAUUUCAGCAAAACUGACUAAUGAAGAUCACUUCACUGUCGCUUGUGCUGAUUUUACUGUGAAAAAUUAUUUAGAUUAUUACUAGCAAAAAAAUCAUUUCAUGAAAGCUACAGACCACCAAAGCUAUUCAAGCCAAGUGAGCUGCUUGCAUGCUACAAUGAUUCUGAAGGAAAUAAUCCGCACAUGGUGUUUCUGAUGCUGUUCCUCUUUAUCAUUCACUAUUUUCAAGAAGUCACUAGACCCUCUAGUGGCAAUUUUAUCUCUAAAUAUACAUUGUAGCCCACUUUUUGCUUCUAAUAUAUACAGCUGCAAAUAGAAAGUAUUGAUACCAACAUUCUCAUUUAAGGAUGAAAAUAGCAUGAGGUAGAACAGGUGAGAGCCUAAACAUUUUUUUUGCAGUAAGUUAUGGAGGUAUCCAUUUCUAACACAGGCUAAAGACGACUUGCAUGUAUACCACAUAUUAUACAGUUACAGCA